CCUCACGUCUCCUUGGACUCUCCGUGAAUUUCAAACCCUGUGGCUCGGAAGUGGAAGGUGAAUUUCUUCCGCUGUCAUCACCGACAGGGCGGGGCGUGGAGCUGGACCUGACCGACCCUUGAGUCCUCCACUGAUCCGGUCCUCCAGGUGUAGCAGCUGCAGCACCAUCAUGGGCUUCCUACUGUCCAAAUCCUUGGAUGCAAACAUGAAGAAGCAGCAGGAGUUCAUGCUUCAUAACACGCGGCUGCAGAUGGAGCGUCAGAUCCUCAUGCAGAACCAGAUGAGAGAGAGGCAGAUGGCCAUGCAGAUUGCCUGGUCCAGAGAGUUUGUGAAAUACUACGGCACUUUCUUUACCGUGGCCGCGGUGGGACUGACUGCAGGUGCCAUUAGAAGAAAGAAACCAUUCCUGAUAGCUCCCCUCAUUCCUCUGGGCUUCGUAUUAACCUACCAGAUGGACAGCGCCUACGGGACGCUCAUUCAUCGUAUGAGAGGGGAGGCUGAGAAUAUCUUGACAUCAGAAUGCGACCGUCUAGACAUGCCUCAUGGGAUUCCAACCUUCGAGAGCAUAGAGAAAGCCCGCCGUGCUAAAAGCAGCCUCGCCUCCUUUUUGGAGAAAUGAUCCAAAAGUUGAGAAACCGUCCAGUCGGUGCAUUCACCUGUGCUGCUUUUCUUUAAGUGUGGAGGAAAAAUAUCAAAUGCCAUCUGCCUUGUUUUGUUUAAAGUUGUCAGAGUUCAUGGUUUGCACUAAUUCUAUAUCAUGGACCUGGAGGAGCAAUACUGAUAAACAUAAUGGUGUUGUUGUUUGUUUUAUUUUUUAUUAUUACUGCAGGUGCAUUAGUAGCCAAAUAGUUUGUCAGCGUUAGGUAUUUUUAAAGCACAAUACUUAAGGUAGUUUGUAAGACAUUUCCAGUGCAGUUGUAAAAUAAAUCUGGUCCAUGAACACAGCAGUGAUCAAACACUGUUAAUAACAAGUAGCUUGUUUAUGGUGCUCUUAAUUAAAGGUGCAUUAAGGGAUUUUAAACCACUAAGGGGCAGAAGAAGGCUGUGUGUCAGCAAACAAAGCUACUUAACCCUCCUGUUGUCCUCAUUUACACGCACCAAAACAUAUUGUUUCCUUGUCUCAAAAAAAUCCAAAAAUUCAGCAAAAAAUUCCCCAAAUUUCUGAAAAUUUGCCAAACCUUCUGAAAGAAAAUUCCAAUAAUUCCUUAAAAGUUUCCCUUAAAAGUUUUAUUUAAAAAAAAAUAAAUAAAUAAAUUAAAAAAAAAAAAAAAAUCCCCCAAAUUUGUCAAGAAAAUUCUUGUAACUAUUUUCAAAAAAAUGAGUAAAAAUCUUCCAAAAAAAUCCUAAUAAUAUCUAAAGUGAUUCCAUAUAUAUCAGUAAAACUUCUAAUAUUCUGUUAAGAACGUUCACAUAAAAAAUCCAGCGAAUUUCGCUGGAUUUUGGUUAUUGAUUUGGAGCAGCAAAAUACAUCACUUAAUAGAGCAUAAAUUGUCCAGAUUUUGCAGUAAUUGAUCCUGACAGCUGAUAAUUGUUAAUAUUUCAAAUUGUAAAUGUAAUGAACUCCCCACCAAAGCUACUGCACCUGUAACCAUUAUUUUAUUUUGGCACUAUUCGAUGGAUGUAAAAUAUUCCAAGGCUCUGAUAUUUAUGAGUUCUGUAUUUUAACUAGUAUUGGAAAAUUUCAAACUAUAUUUGUAAUUCAAUAAAAAAAAUAUCCCAAAGAA